AUUUAAGACAUCAGUUUUUGGGCGUUCGGAUUAGUCUGCUAAAUUUAUCAGGUGGUAAGCUCUGUGCCAGCUGAGUAUUUGCUGUAGCCCCCUCCAUUUCGGCUUCAAAUUGCUGAAAGAUAAAUAGAUUGAAAGUCUAUUUUCAUUGAUAUUCGUUUAUUUGAGUAAGCAAGCGAUUAAAACCAGAAACCAUGGACAUAGAUUCAGAUAUCAGUGUAAAACGCACUUAUCGUCGUUAUGAGGUGUACAGGGGUCAGUCUCCAACCAGUCAAAGCAGGACUGAGAUUGUAAAGACACGACAUAUUGGAUUUGAUCAAAGUGAAAUAGACAGAGCAGAAGCACGGUUUCGGUUAAGAAUCAGGGAGCUGGAAGAUGCUUUAGACUCCGAGAGGGACAGCAGGAUCAGAUUCGAGAAACUCGCAGCAGAACAUGCUAUUCUUAUUGAUUCAUUGAACGAACGUCUCGAAGAUGUUGGUUUAACUUCCAUCUCACAGAGUGAACUCGCUCGCAAGAAGGACAGUGAGGUGAUCAAACUCCGAAAAGACCUUGACCUUGCUAUUACUCAACAUGAGAGCACUGAACAAAGUCUUAGGAAGCGCCAUCAAGAGACAAUCAACGAUCUGUCUGAACAGAAUGAUUACCUCACAAAACAGAAAAACAGAAUCGAUAAAGAAAAGUCACAACUUCUCAUUGAAAUUGAUGGAUUGCAGACCACUUUAGAUUCAGUUUCGAAGGCCAGGGCUGCUGCAGAAAGCAAAUUGGAUGGUUUAGACGGCCAAGUUGGAAGACUGAGGAUCACCGUUGAUGACUUAACUAAGCAACUCAAUGAUGCCAACCAUGCCAAGGCACGUCUCACCCAGGAGAAUUUCGACUACCAGCACCAGGUCCAGGAGCUGGACAGUGCCAAUGCUGCAUUGGCUAAGGCUAAAAUGCAGUUGCAAGCUCAGGUCGAUGACUUGAAACGUUCAUUGGACGAUGAAUCCAGACAACGUAGCAACUUGAGCGCCCAGCUUGCUGCUCUGCAGUUAGACUUCGACAACUUGAACGCCCGUUACGAAGAAGAGUCUGAAAGUAACACCGUUCUUCGUAACCAACUGAGCAAAAUAAAUGCCGAAUAUAGCGCCCUUAAGACCCGAUUCGACAAGGAAAUAUUGGCCAAGACUGAAGAAUUGGAAGAUCUCAAACGAAGAAUGAACCUCAAAGUCAGUGAAUUGGAAGAUUUACUUGAACAAUCCCGCGUUCGUAUCAACAACUUGGAAAAGACUAAGAUUAAACUCACCACAGAAAUCAAGGAACUCACCAUUGAAAUUGAGAAUAUCCAGAUCAUUGUUCAGGAACUCACCAAGAAGAACCGUCAACUCGAAAACGAAAAUGCUUCAUUGGGCAAACGUGUUGAAGAAUUGCAAGCUGAGAACGCCAACUUGUUGUCUGCUAACCGAAACUUGGAACAGGAGAAUCAUCGUCUCAAGGUUUCUAACGCUGAACUCGGAGAGAGAGUUGAUAACCUCACCAGGGAGAACAAACAGCUUACUGACAACCUCCGUGAAACCGUCAACGCAUUGAAAGAUGCUAACCGCCAGCUUGCCGAACUCCAGGCUCUCCGCGCUCAAUUGGAAGCCGAACGUGAUUCCCUUACCAUUGCUCUCCGUGACACCGAAGAAAGCUUGCGUGAUGCCGAAAACAAACUGCAAGCCGCCACCACCGCUCUCAACCAACUCCGUAGCGAGAGACUGACUGACAGACCCUCAGUGAGAAAUUGAAAAUAAGAUUGAAUUGAAAGCAACAGGAAGAGCAGCGCUCGUGCCAUUGAAGAGCUUCAACGCACUUUGGUGGAAGUCGAGACCAGAUACAAGAGCGAACUCAACAGACUCAAGAAGAAAUAUGAAACUGACAUUAGGGAACUGGAGACCGCUUUGGAUGUUGCCAACAGGCAGAACGCUGAACACAUCAAAGUCAUCAAAACUCUGCACAUCAAGAUUAAGGAAAUCGAAACCCGUCUUGAGGAAGAACAUCGUAUCAGCGAAGACCUCCGUUCCAGCUUGUCUGUAUCUGAAAGGAAACGCAUCAGCCUUCAAACCGAACUUGAAGAUUGCCGUUCUCUUCUUGAAACUGCUGAACGUUCUCGCAAGAAUGCUGAAAAUGAAUUGCACGAAACCACUUCACGCUUAUCCGAAUGCCAACUUCUCAUCACUUCCCUUACAAACGACAAGAGACGCUUGGAAGGUGACAUCCACGGUAUGCAAGCCGAAUUGGAUGAGGCUAUCAAUAACAUGCGUGCUGCCAACGAUCGUGCUGACAGGCUAGCCGUCGAAGUUAACCGUCUUGCUGAUGAACUCAAACAGGAACAAGAGAACUACAAGAAUGCUGAAAGCCUUCGCAAGGCUCUUGAAAUUGAAGUUAGAGAAAUCACUAUUAGACUGGAAGAGGCUGAGGCUUUCGCCCAGAGGGAAGGAAAGAGAAUGGUUGCCAAAUUGCAAGCACGUGUCAGAGACUUAGAAGGUGAACUGGAAGUGGAACAGCGCCGAUCAAGGGAAGCCAUUGCUUCUUAUCGCAAGGUUGAGCGCCAGUUCAAGGAAUUGACCACAGCUAUUGAAGAUGACCGAAGAGUUAUUGCUGAAUUGACCAGUGCCAACGACCAGCUCUUACUUAAAGUCAAAGCCUACAAACGCCAAUUGGAAGAGGCUGAGGAUGUUACCACAAUCACCUUGAACAAAUACCGCAAGGCUCAGCAAUUAGUGGAUGACGCUGAACACAGAGCAGAUUUGGCUGAGAAGAAUCUUUCUGCGGUACGAAGAUCUCGUUCGAUGUCCGUUUCAAGGGAGAUAACCAGAGUCGUGAGGAUAUAAGCAGAUGCUGAGUGACCCGGAAGCCAGCCAACCACCGCCGACGAUGCCGUCUCAAAAGAGUGUCCCACUUCUUUCCUGCACAUCCCACCAGAUCUUCCAAGUUUUAUAUGUCGGUUUUCAGGGUACCACUUCACUUCUUGCCACCAAAAAAUAUCAUCUGCAAAAGGGACAUUUAUUUUUCUAACGCUCUUUUAUAAUUUAUAAAUCUGCAUUUCAAAGCAAAUUUUUUUAUAUAAGAAAAUUUUUCCCUAAUUGCUGCGUGAUUACCACUGCAUGUGUAAAAUAAAAGAAAAAAUAACAAAACAAA